CCGUCUCCCCGAACCGGCGACCCGCACUGUGGGCGCGGUGUUAACAUCUGAAAACGAGCGCAGCCCUUCACCGGGGGUUAAGUCUGCUGUGUUAAUGUAUUAGCUAAAUAAGAAUUUUUGUUUAAAAAAAACUCUUACAGAAUUGCUUUAAAAAGAAGAAAAGUGCUGAACUGGAAGAAUAAAAGUGAAGGAAAGUGGAUUCACUGUUUUAGAUAGCUCUCACCUGCACUUAACUACUGAACCAGUUUUGGGGUUUGAUUGUUUUUUCAACUUUUUUAGACAAGUUAGGGUAAAAGCUACAUUGGGAGCAGUGUUUCUUUACAUGUAGGAAAGUUAUUAGAUAGUUUGGUCUCUAAAUGUUAAUGAGGCUCCAGGUUUUCCUUGAAGUUAUAUUUGCAAAAGUUGACAUAUACUUAAAAGUUGAUGCCCACAUUCUGAAUUUGAAUCUAAAUGUGAUUUGCUGAGAUGUGUAUGUCGUGUUCAACCUGAAACCUUAAAGCAGUUAAAAAACAAACAGCAGUUAGUUUAAAACAAACACAACAGCAUUAUCCCCCCCGCAGUCCCAGGGCUUUGAACAGUCCUUGCUUAAACAAAGUAUUGACAGAAAUUACUAGCAAAUAGCUGUGUUUUAGAGAACAAAAUCAGUUAUUGAAAUUUCUUUUUAAAAUUGAAUUACUGUUGUCUUUUUAUUUGGUAAUAACUGGGUGAUGGGAUGCAUUAAUCAUAAAAAUGCACCUUUUCCUCUUCACAAAAAGUCAAACAUAUAUUUUGUUUAAACGAUGUUAAUGUUUAAUAGUGUGCUUUAGGAGUACACGUUUUUGCUAAUUGGCUAGAAGGUGAGAUUAGGAAGAAGAGAUUGCAUUCACAGUCUGAAUUUUGCAAAUCCUGUCAUUUUGCAAAUCCUAUGUGUCCGAGGAGAUUUUGUGUCUUUGCAGUAGGACCAGAUAUAUUGCCCCAUUUGUUCCCCCACCUCGGUACCCAAAGCAGCUGAAGGGGCAGGACCAGAGGAGUUUCUGUUUCUCUUUCCUCCAGUGGUGUGCUGGAAGCAAAACUCCACUUCUCACAAGCUGACCCAGUGAGAGUUGUGUUCUGUCAGAGUGGGUCGUUGCUUGCCUGGAAGGGAGUUUGCUACUGUUAACGAUCCCACAGAAAACAACUUAGUGAUCAAAGCAAAAUUUUAAGCCAGGACUUCAAGGAUUCUUGGCCACUGUUACUGAAAUGAUACUACAGAAGGCAGCAGUUGCAUUGUGUUCAUUGGAUGAAACCUGAAUAUUUACUGUCAGUCAAGUGGGUGAAACCCCUAACUGCAGUUUACAUGUGUAGGUCACUGCGUUACUGUGUUAGUCACUGUCUCUUUGCAGCAAUGACACGGCUUGAAGAAGCAAACAGAGAAGUGAACAUGCACUCCUCAGUCAGAUACCUGGGCUAUCUUGCCCGAAUCAACCUACUGGUUGCCAUUUGCAUGGGCCUUUAUGUCAGGUGGGAAAAAACUGCAGACGCACUGAUUUUGGUAAUAUUUAUUCUGGGACUCUUUGUUCUUGGAAUUGCUAGCAUACUGUACUACUACUUUUCAAUGGAAACAGCAAGUUUGAGUCUCUCCAAUCUUUGGUUUGGUUUUUUGCUUGGCCUUCUCUGUUUUCUCAAUAAUUCUGCCUUCAAAACAGAUGUGAAAGAAGAAGCUACAAAAUAUUUGCUUCUCUCUGCCAUUGUUUUGAGGGUAUUAUGUGCUUUAGUUGAAAGGAUUUGUGGUUGUGUCCAUCAUCGACCAACUCUGCUGACAACAGUUGAAUUUUUGGAGCUAGUUGGAUUUGCAAUUGCCAGCACGACUAUGCUGGUAGAAAAAUCUGUAAGCAUUAUUCUUUUGGUCUUGGCUUUGGCCAUGUUGAUUAUUGACUUACGUAUGAAGUCUUUUUUGGCAAUUCCAAAUUUGGCAAUUUUUGGAGCCAUUGCAUCCCUGCUCUUUUUUCCAUCACUGCAAAUCCCCACAAACCCUUUUGCCUUGGCAUGUUUCUUCAGCUGCCUCAUUUCAGAUCCCCUUCUCGACGUUUACUUCAGUGGACUUUCCGUUACCGAGCGAUGGAAGCCCUACCUGUACCGUGGUAAAAUUUGCAGGCGGCUUUCUGUCAUCUCUGUUGGAGUCAUUGAACUAAUCUUUUUCAUUCUUGCAGCCUUUAAACUACGUGAUUUGGAUCUCUGGUAUUUUGUGAUACCUGGUUUUUCUAUUUUUGGAAUUUUCUGGAUGAUCUGUCAUGUGAUUUUUUUUAUAACACUUUGGGGAUUUCACACAAAACUAAAUGACUGCCACAGGGUGUACUAUACUCACCGUGCAGAAAACAACAGCCUGGACAGAGUCAUGGCGUCUAAAGGAAUGCGUCACUUCUGCUUGAUCUCAGAACAGCUGGUAUUUUUCAGCCUUGUUGCGACUGCUGUUUUGGGAGCUGUCUCUUGGCAGCCAACCAAUGGGAUCUUCAUGAGUGCAUUUCUCAUUGUUCUACCUUUGGAGUCCAUGGCUCAUGGGCUUUUCCAUGAACUGGGAAACUGCUUGGGAGGAACGUGUGUUGGGUAUGCUGUUGUGAUUCCCACCAACUUUUGCAGUCCUGAUGGCCAACCAACUCUUCUUCCACCUGAGCAUGUCCAAGAGUUAAAUCUGAGGUCUACUGGCAUGCUUAAUGCCAUCCAAAGAUUUUUUGCAUAUCACAUGAUUGAGACAUACGGUUGUGACUACUCUACAAGCGGACUGACCUUUGAUACCCUUCACUCUAAGAUCAAGUCUUUUCUUGAGCUUCGGACUGCAGAUGGACCCAGACAUGAUACCUACAUUCUGUAUUACAGUGGUCACUCCCAUGGCACUGGUGAAUGGGCACUGGCAGGGGGUGAUGCUUUACGACUUGACACGCUGUUGGAGUGGUGGAGAGAAAAGAACGGCACUUUUUGUUCUCGACUGAUCAUUGUUUUAGACUGUGAGAACUCUCAGCCUUGGGUUAAAGAAGUAAGAAAAGUAAAUGACCAGUAUGUUGCUGUCCAAGGAGCAGAAAUGGCCAGAGUUGUAGACAUCGAGGAAGCAGACCCUCCACAGCUUGGUGACUUCACCAGGCAAUGGGUUGAGUACAACUGUAACCCUGACAGCAACAUCAGCUGGUCUGAAAAGGGCCGCACGGUGAAAGCGGUGUAUGGUGUGUCAAAGCACUGGAGCGACUACACUUUGCAUUUGCCAACGGGAAGUGACUUUGCCAAACACUGGAUGAUUUACUUCCCACGCAUCACCUAUCCAUUAGUACAUUUGGCAAACUGGUUUUGUGGUCUCAAUCUGUUCUGGGUCUGUAAAGCGUGCUUUAGGUGUUUAAAAAGAUUGAAAAUGAGUUGGUUUCUUCCCACAGUGCUGGAUACAGGACAGGGCUUCAAACUUGUCAAAUCCUAAUCAGCAACCAAAGAGAAAAUGAAGUGAGAGCUCUGUGAACUUUCUCACUGUACCAUACUUAAAACCUUUUCUAUGACUAUUUUUCUCUGAAAAAGUCUGCUCUACUCACUUUACUCAGCUUUUUGAGCAGCUACAGUAUAUGCAACAGUUAGAAAUUGCAAUCUUAAACAGAAGAGGGUAGAACUAUGAUAUUUUGAAUUUUGUAACAUGUACAUACAUAAGAGAAUUAUUUAAUAUGACUGUGCAUUUUGGAGACAGGUCACAUGUUCAUGUGUCUUACUUAAGGCAGCCUUUGUUUAGAGACACCAGCUUGAUGGACAGGAGCUCCUGUGAGUGCUAACCAUGCUGAUCUGUCACUUAUGUUCACUAUACGGUUUAAAAACAGGAAAAGAACCAAGCUAAUACUCCAAUCAGUUUACAUAUCCUUGAAAUUAUGUGGUGGGGUCACUGAGCCAAAAACUCCAGAAUAUAUAGCUACUCUAUGUAAGUAGCUACCAAGAAGCUUUAGUUUUAUUUGCUUUUACAUCUUGUGCCCUGCCUCAGUUCUCUACUGCCAUCAGUGGAAAUUUGCCAUGGAAAACAAGGAAAUCAGACAACCUUCUCAUGCUCUGAUACUUCUCAGACGGUGUGUUCUGAAGUGAGAUUUAAAAGCAUUCAGUGUUACUUUCAUCAUUAAAUAUAUUGCUGGUGAUCUUUGAGCAUACAUUCCCAGUAGUUAAUUCAUAUAUGGAAUAAAGACUGCACUGAGCAUU